UGUAGAACACGCAGCCAUCUUGGAUCUACGAGGAGAAGAGAAAUUAAUGCGGUGACAAACAGCAUGUUCAGUGCUACGAGAAAGAAGUUUGUAGAAGGGGUGGAAAGUGACUACUCCGAUGAGAGCAUGUACUACCAGCCGUCGAUGUUCCCCCAUCGAUCAGACAAAGACAUGUUGGCCUCGCCAUCGCCAUCGUCGUCCAAUCAGCUGUCCCAGCUCGGUGCGAGUUUAUACGGACCACAGACGCCAGGGAACGACUGUGCAAUGAAGAACAGUGGCAUCUGGCCAGGUGCGCUGGCGUUCCCCAUGCGGAGCAACAACACCCCCCAGCUGAGCCGCAGCUUAACGCAGGGCUCGCAGCUCCAGAGCCACGUCACCCCCACCACGGGCGUGCCCACCAUGUCACUCCACACGCCCCCCUCGCCCAGCAGGGGGAUCCUGCCCAUGAACAGCAGGAACAUGAUGAACCACGGCCAGGUGGGGCAGGUGGGCCAGGUGGGCCAGGGCAUGGGCAGCCGCACCAACAGCCUGAGCAGCUCGGGCCUGGCCAGCCCCAGCCGCGGCUCCCCCAGCAUCAUCUGCAUGCCCAAGCAACAGCCGUCCCGCCAGCCCUUCACCAUCAACAGCAUGUCCGGGUUUGGGAUGAACCGGAACCAGGCGUUCGGGAUGAACAACUCGUUAUCGAGCAACAUCUUCAACGGAACAGACGGGAGUGAAAACGUCACGGGGCUGGAUCUCUCGGACUUUCCGGCACUGGCGGACCGGAGUCGGAGGGAAGGGAGCGGGAAUCCCACGCCUCUGCUCAACCCGCUGGCAGGGAGAGCUCCCUACGUGGGGAUGGUCACCAAGCCGUCGACCGAACAGUCCCAGGACUUCUCCAUCCACAACGAGGACUUCCCCGCCCUUCCGGGACCCAACUACAAGGACUCCACGUCGAGUAACGACGACAGCAAAUCCAAUUUAAACUCGACGGGCAAGAGUUCCUCCAGCGUGGACGGGCCCAAGUUCCCCGGGGACAAGAGCUCGACGGCGCAGAACAACAACCAGCAGAAGAAGGGCAUCCAGGUGCUGCCCGACGGACGGGUGACGAACAUUCCCUCUGGGAUGGUGACAGACCAGUUUGGGAUGAUCGGGUUGUUAACCUUCAUCCGGGCGGCGGAGACGGACCCUGGCAUGGUGCAUCUGGCGUUGGGCAGCGACCUGACAACGCUAGGACUCAACCUCAACUCACCGGAAAACCUGUACCCCAAAUUUGCGUCUCCCUGGGCGUCCGCACCCUGUCGACCUCAGGACAUCGACUUCCACGUUCCAUCCGAGUAUUUAACCAACAUUCACAUAAGGGACAAGCUGGCUGCUAUUAAGCUCUCCCGGUACGGGGAAGACCUGCUGUUCUACCUGUACUACAUGAACGGGGGCGACCUCCUGCAGCUGCUCGCGGCGGUAGAGCUCUUCAACCGGGACUGGAGGUACCACAAAGAGGAGCGAGUAUGGAUCACGCGGGCCCCCGGCAUGGACCCCACGCUGAAGACAAACACGUACGAGAGGGGCACGUACUACUUCUUCGACUGUCUUAACUGGAGAAAGGUAGCCAAGGUAAAGGAGUUUCACCUGGAGUACGAAAAGCUGGAGGAGAGGCCCCACGUCCCGUCCACGUUCAACUACAACCCAGCCCAGCAGGCCUUCUGAGGGACGCCCACCAUCACCGCGACAACAACACAGCCACAACCGUCACCGCGGCAACCAACCCGGGGCCCUGCAGAUUUACUUGCCACCCAAAAACAAAAAGCGUUAAUUCCUUUUUUUUAUUUGAUUUCUUUUUUUUUCAUUUGUUUCUCCCGUUUUUUUUUGUUUGUUUGUUUUUUUGUUUUUGUUUAUUUGUUUGUUUGUUUGUUUGAGCAGGGUCUGAGUUUUCAUUUACGCCUCUCUUUAAAUGCCCGUCCGUCGGAAGAAGGCUCCCUCGCUGGUGGAAAACGGAGCGAGACGUGCGCUCAAAUGAUCAUUUCCCCCCCCCCCCCCCGAAGCGUUAAGCGAACGGCCCGGUAAAACACGGCGUGGAGGGAAAGGGGAGGCCGACGCGGGAGGGAACGCCACGUUCGGUAUAAAAAAAAAAAACGACAAAACUUUUUUUUUUUUAUUUUUUUUUUUUUAGAAAGUCGAGAGAGACCGUACAUGAAUUUCCCCUUCAGCUCCUCCCCCUGUUUAGCAUAGCCCCGCCCCUUCCCUUUUCUGCCACGCCCACCUCAACCACUCGUUUACCGGCGGCCAUUUUCCUGAGGCUUUUUUUUUUUUUGUUUUGGUUUAUUUUUUUAAAGCUACAAUAAAAACAGAGACUGUUUUAGUGAACGUUCUCGCGGCCCGCGGACCUUCUCCUCCGGGGGUCGCCUCGUCGUUCCACAGCGAGCGGGAAAAAAAAAAAAAACAAACACUUGUCCAGUCUUUGUUACGAUUUUGUAAUAAAACGUGUACAUUUUUUGAAUUUUUUGGACAUCACAUUAAUAAAAGAUAUGUAUGUA